GACAACCCGGCCGAACCAGGCCGAACAACAACCUGGCAACAAUAACAACCUCCGCUCUACUCGGCUGUCGGCAGUAUCGCGUACAUGACGACCUGGAAUCUCAUCCGGUCCGAUCAGCUCUGCACGGCCGGAGAAACACGGCUUGGCUACUGCUGGACCGAGGGAGCGGAUUGCUGCGGCCGGCUGUGCCGCGAGAAGGCAAGCUGCUCGUACUUCUUGUGGGACAGCACAACGUUCGAGUGCUGGCAGUCGCACGCCGGUAGCAGAGACUGCGACAGCGGCUGGAUCGAGGCGCGUGGCGUCUCGUUCUAUGCGCUUGAGGGCGACCGCACGCCGUUCACGUGGAGCCUGGUGCACAAGCAUGCCGAGUGCGCCUCGCCCGACAUGGCGCUGGGCGACGGCCUCGCCUCGACCGUGGGCGAGUGCGCCUUCCGCUGCGACGCCCUGCCCGGCUGCGACUUCUUUCUUUACGACGAGCGAGGUGGCGGCUGCUUUGAGGAGUACACCUCUUCGGCGGACUGCCCCGAGGGUCUGCAGACGUGGCGGCGGUACGACUUUUACGCGCUGUUGCGAGGCUCCGCCGCGCCCAUCCCCCUGGCCGAGCGCUGGUCCUGCGUCGGUCCGGCGCCCUUCCCUGGCGAGGCGGCGUCCUCCGCCCCGCGCCGCACCUCGACCUGCUUCGAGUACCACGCGGCUCCGAAGCGGUCGUGGGUCGGGUCGGAGGCCGCCUGCCUCUCCCGCGGGAUGCACCUCGCCUCCGUCCACUCCGCCGCCGAGAACGAGGUCGCGCUCUCGCUCUGUGCGGAGGAGUGCUGGAUCGGCUUCACCGACCGGCAGAGCGAGGGCGAGUGGCGCUGGACCGACGGGUCCAGGGACGGAGGGCCGCACCCGUGGAGCCCGGGAGAGCCAAAUGGGCAGCUGCACGAGACCACCGAUGGCGCGUACAUCUACCCGCUCCGUGCGGGGCUCGACUCGCCAGGCUCCCGGGAUGACGACUUUGUCAACGUGUCGACGGCAGGUCCGGCGGCCGGCCACGUCGUCGAGCGCGCCUUCCUCUGCCGGCACGACUUCCGCGCCGCGCCGCGCCCUCCGCC